CUCCGCCUUUUCGCUUGCCGAUGCCCGAAGGGUACAAGGCUGCCCAGACAAUACCGCCGGUGCCUCCAUGUCGAUCACCGCUCGAACAUGACGUUGGAGGGAAAACCUGUGUAGAUUGUCAAAUGCGAUGAAAGAGAUUUACCCUGCUUCGUUAUAGGUGGGAGAUUUAUAGCAAGUCGUUGUCCCUUCUACUUGGUCUUCCCAACAAGCACGCAGUUCCACGCCCGCAAUGUAUCGACUGGGUUACCAACUACUCUCCCUCCUCUGUCUUGCCCUGGCCUCGCCGCAGGUCAAGGGCAUUGUAGAGCGAGUGGACUCUUGCGACACUCCUACCACCCAGCAUUUGAGUGCACCACCUUACGAGAACUACUUCUACUCCGACUGCAAUGCGGCCAACCAAGUCGUCGUCACCUCUCCGCUGUCCAGCAGCAACCUAACUCUAAUCGGCCCAAGGCUGUUGGUAGCGUGGCCCGCGGGCGAUUCUGGCGUCGUGUCUUACUUCUCGCCCAAGAAUGGCGUCAACGGCAGCCUUGCCAUCGAGCUGGUCGGCGACCAGCCUCUUUCCCCAAUCUAUACCCCCGCCAACUCCAGCUCCUUGACCGGUGAGCCUGUUGUGGGUAUCAGCACAAGCAUCAACUUCAACUCCUCUGCGAUGCUCGACCUCGCUAUCAUGGGUAGCAUCCGAACCAUCCGUGACUUCACCGAAGGCCCCUCGCUGCUCCACCCGGAGAUCCAGGACGCGGUCAAUUUCUCCUCCAUCAGCAAUGGUGGUGCUUUGCUGUCCAGACUCUGGCUGGACAACAAGACCAUUGUGUCCAUGUCUUUCGUCCCCGAGGCCGGCAGUGCAGCAGUCAACAUUUCCAAUCGCACACUCGAGCUCGGUGCAGGGACCUACCAGUUCAAUGCUUCCUUCGACUACCCUCAACUGACGCAGCUCAGUGCGAGCGAGGUAUUGAACCCGGAAUCUCAAGACCUGAUUCAGCAGCAAGCCGGCAAAACGACGUCUCUGUCGUUUCUCUCUUACAGGCACAAACUGCUGGCCGGAGCCUGGCGCUUCUUGACGUAUUUCGGCCGAGACUCGAUGAUCACGCUCCUCCUCAUGCAGCCAGUCUUUUCCGAAGGCCCAGAUGGAGCCAUUGAAGCCGUCAUUGGCUCCGUCUUGGAGCGUCUCAACAAAACAGACGGCAAAGUCUGCCACGAGGAGACAAUCGGAGACUACGCCACGUAUGAGAACCAACUCAAGAACAUCACCAGCAACGCCCCAAGCUGCACGUACAUUAUGGUCGACUCCGACUACUACCUGCAACCCGUCAUGCAAAACUACUUCCUCGACACCGCCACGGGCCGCAGCAGACGACAGGCCUUCUUCAGCCAAGAGGCAACGCUGGAUUUUGGCAAUGCCGGCCUCAAAUACGGAGACCUGGCCGUCCGCAACGCGGAAAAAGUCAUGCGCAGCGCAAAAGCAUUCGCCCAGCCCGGUGGCCAGAAGAUUCACAACCUCGUGCACCUCGUCAAAGGCCAGAUUGUAGGCGACUGGAGAGACAGCACGUACGGCAUCGGCGGCGGUCGUCAACCCUACGACGUCAACACCGCGUUGGUCCCCGCAGCCUUGCGCGCCAUCUCGCAGCUCUCCGCCGCCGGCUUCUACCCGCAGCAUGCCAACUGGUCCGCCGAAGCAGCAGCCUACGCUCAGAUCUGGGAAGACAACACGCUGCAGUUCUUCGAGGUGACCCGUUCCGUCUCCGAGGCCAAGUCGCUCGUGACAAACUACACCAACACCGUUGGCGCUGGCUUCCCCUCUCACGUCGAUGACAUCGAAUCUGACGUCGUUUUCCACGGCCUGUCGCUCAAUGGCUACGACAAUCUGAAAGUGGUCGAGGUGAUGAACUCGGAUGACUGCUUCCGACAUUAUCUGCUCAACACUACGAAUCAGACGCAAUUGACAGCCUUUGUCAAUCAGACGGCGAACAAUGUUCGCUUGCCUUUCCCCGUUGGUCUCAGUACAGAUGUGGGUAUGUUGAUUGCAAAUCCUGCCUACGGCGGAGAGCCGGUAUACGCCGCAAAUUGGACGCACAAUGCAUAUCAGGGAACAGUCGUAUGGGGCUGGCCAUUGGCGAUGAUGGCCGCAGGUUUGCAGCGCCAGCUGUACCGGUGCAACAGCUCCGAAGUGCCAGACUUCUGCAACGACUCCUCCGUCUACAGCAACGUCAUCGCGGCGUACAACCAGCUAUGGAAUGUCAUCGAUGACAACAAGCAGUACUUGAGUAACGAGGUUUGGAGCUGGCAGUACCGUGAUAACUCCUUCCAGUUCGUCCAACUUGGCGACCUCCCGCCGCCACCGGGAUCGAGCUAUACGGAAUCGGAUAUCAGGCAGUUGUGGAGUUUGUCGUUCCUGGCCGUGACUAGGGAUGAGUCGUUGAAAUGAGAGGGCCGUAAGGAGAUGUACUGGUUGCAGUAUAUUGGGCUACGUUCCUCCGUUGUAAAUCCAGAUACCCAAAUGAAGAGUGCUCGAUCUUUCUGGCCGAGCUGUCGGACCGUGGUAUUGUGUUCUUUCGUAUGUUCCCGUGAUGUGUAGAGCGGUGCAGCUUCAUCAAUCCGACGUCUUCGCCUUGAGACCGGACGCAACCACCAAGACUUCAUAGUCAGCCAAGCCAGGGCCAGCAAUAAGGUGCAAGUCAACAAAUCGACGC